GUCUGAUUGUAUUUAACUCAUCCAACUCAUGGGUAAAUUGCUACAAGUCACUGGAUUUCCUUGUGAAACAACAGCGAUUCAGCUGGUAGAAUUCCUUAAGAAGAUAUUUCCUGAUGACAAAUUACAGAAUGUUUGGUUUGACCCAUACAGAGAGCCACGAGCAGUGGCCGUGUUUUUGAAUGAACUUGGUUUGUUUCAUUUCUGUUUUGCGUGUUAUUUUUAGGCUCUAUUAGUCACACUAAGAGCUAAUAAUGUGAGAUUUUCUGUUUGAGGGUUUAAGGGUGACUACUUUAAAAAGAGAAUCAGCUAAAUUAUCAUAGAAAUAUAUUUUUAGAUUCGUAUUGAUAUUUAUAUUUUUAAAGUCUCAGUAUUUAUUAGCAUGCUUAUAAUUUACUAAAUACACAACAGUUACCAUUUUCUUUAUUGCUAAGGACUAAGGAAGAUUUUAACUGUUUUUAUUAUUUACAUUUGAGACCUAAAGUUAAAUUAAAGUAGACCUAAAUUUAAUUUUUAAGUAAUUAUGCAUCUUUUCCCUAGAUGAAACACGACUCCAUCAGUUCAUCCAGCUACAUGAUGUUGAAUUCCAGGAUCACAUUUUGGCAUUUGAGACCACAAAGCCCACAUGGAGUAUCUUUGUAAGGACUUAUGGAUCUGUACCGUAUGGUACCAUUGACAAACUGCUACUGACUUUCCAGAAAAGGCCAAGUAGAAUGGUGCAAUAUAUACAGCCACUAGAUGAUGAUUGUUAUGAAAUAAAUUUUUCUGGGGGAUGGGGUGAGUGAUUUUUUUUCUUUAAUUUGUUUGACAUAUUGCUAGCUUUAGUUUUCCAGUACAUUUAAACUUUUUUUGUGUUUUUUUUAAACUGAGUACAAUAGCAAAAUUUAAUUAAAUUAAAUUCCAAAAAUGCAUUCUAUUAAUAUUUUGUAAUCAUUGUCUUUGGACUUCAUGAUUUAUUAUUAUUUGCUGUAACUUAUAAAUGUAUGUAAUUAGUGUCAUUAUAAGGUGUCUAAGAUUUGCAAUGGGUUACAAAGUCAGCCAUUUCUUGUAAUACUUCAAGUAAAAUUUGUGACCUUCCAAACUUCGUAAUCGUCUAUAUUAUAUAAUAGCUGAGAACAGUUUUACAGAAUAUUUUGACGCCAAUGAACACUGGCAAAACAUCAUAUUUAAUGGCAACUCCCGAGAAUACCAAAAAAUCUAAAUGUAUGGGUCCCUGUGCUAAAUGCAUAGGUCCCUGUCCUAAAUGCAUAGGUCCCUGUGCUAAAUGCAUAGGUCCCUGUGCUAAAUGCAUAGGUCCCUGUGCUAAAUUUAUGGGUCCCUGUGCUAAAUGUAUAGGUCACUGUGUUUUAGAAACUCUUGAUAAGUAAUUCUGAAGAAAUUACAAUUAAAUAAACUAGCACACAAAUAAUGAACACUGAUGGGUGUAAUUAUAAUGUUGAAAUAUGUUAAUAUACAAAGCCAACACAAAACAGUUCAACCAUAAUUGGUCACAUCUUUUUAAUUGUUGAAAAUAUUAAUUUGUUAAAACUUAACCUCAUGUAAAUUCAAUCAAUUGAUUUAUACUUUUUGUCAACAUUUCAGAACUUCCUUAAUGUGCUGAUUUUUAGCUUUAUUAUUAUUUAAUAACUUAAAUUGACUUGACAAUUCAUUUAAUAUUAUUAAGGGGGCGUCCAUUAAAAUUACGUCAACAAAAUAGGGGGGGGGGGUUUGGAAAUGUUUGGAGGGAGGGGAGUUUAGAUUAGUUGACGUCAGCAUUUCUGUUUUCUCUAUUAAAAUUUUAAUCUUAAAAA